AUUUUUUAUAUGAAUUGAUUGUUCUUUUUAUGAGGAUGGGAAGAGGGUGUUUUGGGGAUGAGGCGUGUGAUAUCUGAUGAUGACUCCAGCCAUAGACAUUGAUCCCGUGAAGAAGUCGCAGGGCGCCUGGUCCAUGGGAUGAUUAAAUGGCUCAGAAGCAAGGCGCGCCAUCAAGUUAAGGCAGACUUGUUAUUACAUAUAUAUGCUCUCCUCUCCUGGCGAUCAAAGCAAUCCCCAAACUAAAAAGCCAAGUUGCCACCUAGGGAAUGCUCUUAGAAGAAUGAUGGGUGAGAUACCGAAUACUCCUACGACCCAAACUAAGAAGCGUAACCAGAAAUCAGAAUGAAGGAUGGCCCGUAGCGCAUGAAGACAAGCAAGCAUUCAACCGAACUAUUACUCUAAAGUCUUCUAUGGAUCAAGAACUAGAGUUGAUCGAGGCUAAAGUCUUCUUGGAUCAAGAACCAGAGUUGAUCAAGAUUGACUACGUUCUCAUUAUAAUUGAAGUAUGCACGAUAUCGCAUUCAUGGCAAAUGCCUACUGUCGUCAAGUUGAGAACUGGCUGGGAAUGUCUAUCACGUGGGUAAUAUGGUGCAUCACUCAGUUCAACACGUCGAGAAUGUCUCUACUUUCAGAUGACCAUGUGCGAGAGCUUCUAUUCUUCCAACCGCUUGCCGAUUCCAUUUACCUCCCCCAUUCCGCCACUCCACCAUCUGAGGACGCAGGAUGCAUCUACAUAUUACUAGUAAGCGCCGUUGGGGUUAGUUCUUACCAGGCCCGGCGUCAGAAAUAGAACGACGGCGGCAUCAGGCCGUUCGACUAAGCGCCGUCGUUAGACCUUGGCGGUAAAGCACAGCACAGACACACCGCAAGCUCGAACGGGACGAACUCUGCGGGAGAAAGAUAGAGUCAUGACGUGGAGCGAUACUAUCGAUCGACAUUGUUGGGACUGCAGAUUCAGAGUGGCCAGAAGGGCGACGCGGCCUGUCGAUCGGGCGGGUUUGAAACAAGAACCACGCCAGAUGGCGCCAGGCUUUGAAACCUUGUCGGUGUUGGUUUGGUGUGGAUGGUGGAGGGUUCAAUUGUGGGUAAGGAAGUCUGGGAGUCACUCCACCAACAAACUUCUGGACCUUUUGGAACCUUUGGCUUCUGAUCUGUGGGAUCAUGAGUAUGUAUUCUGGGAUGCUGAUGCUGCAGAGUACGUAGAUGAAUGACUGCGCUGGUAUGGUUAUGUAUUUUACGCCACUACUAUAUGGAGGUGGGCUGUGCAAAUCAAUGCUCCAUGCACCAUACACUCAGCUCGACAUGAUACGAGGAGAAGGAGUAGAUCCUUCAGAGAGAGCGGGUGAGAGGGUUGAUCGCUGUAUCCUGUUUUAUAUUUUUAUCAUUUUCCUCAGGAUAUUCUCACUAUUUUCACGAUUAUUACGAUUUAUUUCCACGACUAUUACGAUUUAUUUCAAUUAUUACCAUCUCCAACCCUCUCUUCAAUAAACCCAUAUUUAUUGUGUGUUUUUUCUUAUUAUUAGAAACGCUGGCGCUGACGGGAGGCCCCAUCGAACCACCGAACCACCCACCUACCUACCACCAAACCAGCUCACACAGCCCACACACAGACCAGCCCACCGCCUUUAUCCAACCCACCCCCCCAACCCACCUCCCACCCCACUCCCAUCACUUGGUCAACGAUCCAGGUACAACAGCACGGUGCACAGUACGACUGCGACUGUACCAAGGUUUCAACUUCCAACCCUUUUCUCGCCCUUGUCGUCUAUAGACCCAAAAAGGACACCAAACGAAACUCUCUCCGGCAAUAUCUGUUUAGAAAGGCAUACGCCUGCUACGAAUUCUGCCACGAGCCUAGACACGAACCUCUUCUCUUUCCAACAUCCUCGGCGCUUGCACGUUGGCACCUCGUCCUGCAUACUUAUCGUUAUACCCGCUCUCUCACACUGAGAAAUCCCGAAAUUACGAACCUCUCCUUUUGACGACGAGACUAUACGACAACUUCGAGCUUUUCGAAUAUCUAUACCUGACACUGAGGCCAAGGGAAACAAACAAAUACGAACAAAUACUCCCAUGGUCUGAUCGUCCAUCGAGCAAACCAACCCCCCCUCUCUCGGCGCCUUGCGCCAUCCGCUCUCUCCCUCAUCAUGUCCUCAGCCCAUAUCCUCUACGAUGCGGCAAACACACUCUCCUCCCGCGCCGAGCUCGGUGGCCCAGCCGAGUCCAGGCCACCAAUCUACAAGACGAUCGGUAUCGUUCUCGCCAUCGCCUCAGGCUGCUUCAUCGGCGUCUCCUUCAUCUUCUCCAAGAUGGGCCUGCUCAAGGCGAACAAGAAAUACGACGAGAUCCCCGGCGAGGGCUACGGAUACCUCAAGAAUGCAUGGUGGUGGGGUGGCAUGUCUCUCAUGAUCGUUGGCGAGAUCUGUAAUUUCGUCGCAUACGCCUUCACGGAUGCGAUUCUCGUCGCCUCGAUGGGAGCACUGAGUGUCGUCAUCAGUACCGUGCUGUCAGCCAUAUUCCUUAAAGAACGAUUGAGCGCCGUUGGAAUGGUGGGAUGCCUCCUCUGCAUCCUCGGCAGUGUGGUCAUCGCACUCAAUAUCCCGGCGUCGAGCUCCGUCACCAACAUCCAGGAGAUGCAACACUUUGUCGUACAGCCGGGAAUCCUCGUCUACGGCGGCAUCGUGAUCGUGGGAUGCGUGUUCAUUGGGGUGUGGGUUGCGCCGCGGUACGGGAACAAGACCGUGCUCGUAUACUUGUCUAUUUGCAGUCUGAUCGGAGGCCUCAGUGUCGUUGCUACCCAAGGGCUGGGUUCUGCGAUUCUGGCGCAGAUCGGCGGGCAGAAGCAGUUUAAUCAGUGGUUUUUGUAUGUGCUAUUUGCAUUUGUGGUGGUCACUUUGGUCACCGAGAUUAUCUAUUUAAAUAAAGCUCUCAAUAUCUUCAACGCGGCCCUGGUCACGCCGACAUACUACGUCUACUUCACCAGCGCCACCAUUGUCACCUCCGCCAUCCUCUUUAAAGGCUUCGGCGGCACCCCCUCCCAAAUCAUCACCGUCAUCAUGGGCUUCCUCACCAUCUGCUCCGGUGUCGCCCUCCUCCAGCUCUCCAAAUCCGCCAAGGACGUCCCCGACGCCGCCGUCUUCUCCGGAAACCUCGACCAGAUCCGCACCAUCGCCGAGCAGGAGCAGCCCGAGUCCGAGCCCAAGGCCGACGCCAUCCGCGGCACCGCGGCAAUUAUCCGUCGCCUCUCCACCGCGCGCCAGAACAUGGAGUUGGCGGAGGCACGCCGCCUACACGACGACAUGCAAUCUGAUCUCCAACCCGUCAGUGAGAAUGAGCAGAUUGAAUGGGAUGGAUUGAGGAGGAGACGCACUACAUAUGGUAGCGCGCACCGCCCCUUCACACCCGCAUACGCCGCAUCUCCCCACCCGCCCCUAGGGAUGUCCCGUUUCCCCACCGACGAAGAACUCGCCGCCGAAGAACGACCCACGACCGGCUCCCUCACACCCAGCUUCCUCGGCACGAUCCGCACGCGCGCGCGCAGCAUGGUCCCCGGCUCCAUCCGCCACGUCGACGAUCACAACGGCGCGCAGAGCCCUAUGCACCCCGUCGCACUAACCUCCAUCGCCGUCCCGGGCUACUACGACACCACCGGCCUCGACGAGCAGAAGACGGCGUAUGACGCCCACGCUGGGGGUGGCGGGGAACCGCACAUCCAGUUCGCGGAGGACCCGCGCGGUGGUGGGAGUAGUCACCUUGCUGCUGAGCGCCCACCGCAGAGCGCGAGGAGGCAGUUUAGCUUUCAGAAUGUGUUUAGGAAGGGGAACGCUACGCCGAAUAUUGAGGAUAUGUCUGAUCGCGAGAUUCGGGCGAGAGAGCGCGAGAGGGAACGCGAAUUGGCGGGGCAUAAGAUGAGACCGGGAUUGGGGAGUCGCGGGACGAGUCAUAGUGUGAAGAAAGCCGCUGGAGGCGCGUCGGAGGAGGAGCGCGCGGGCUUGGUGAGGCCGAGGGGCGAUAGUGGGAGUGAUGUCACUAGAAGCUUUCCGGAGUAUGAGGAAGAGGAAGGGUGGGAGGCGGGGAUGGGGGAGGUGGAGAAGCCGCCGCCGGUGCCGAAGCAUGGAGGGGAGGCGGCGUAUGAGGCGAUAAGGGGAGGUGGGAGGGGAGGGAGAGGUGGUGGCGGGAGGGGGAGGAGGGGGACGGAUGGGAGUGAGAGUCCGCCGUUGCCGCCUUUGCCGCCGUUUGAGAAGGGUGGGGGGAGGGGGUCGUUUAUCUGA